AUGUCGUCGGGUCCGAAAUCCAAAGGGAGCACCGUGAUCGUCACGGGCAUUGUGUUUAUGGUCCUCGCUGCGGUGUCUGUUAUCUUCAGAUUGAUUGCACGAGUUGGAUAUUUGAAGAAUGCUGGGAAGGACGAUGCUGCAAUUGUGGUUUCUCUCAUUGCGUGCAUUGUUCUCGUCGUUGCAUCUGGUUUCGAAGUCAAACAUGGCCUAGGAAAACACAUCUCAGAAGUGAGCCCCGAAGAGUUCUCUAAUAUGCUGAAAUCCCUGUUCAUUGCCAUCAUAGCCUACAAUGUUGCUCUGACCAGCAUCAAAAUAUCCAUCAUCUUACAAUACCUACGCGUGUUCGUGGGCACCAAAAUUAGAUUCUGGUGCUGGGCGUCCAUUGUUCUCGUCGCAGUAUUUGGCUUAGAAACAGUCAUUACACAGAUAUUCAAUUGUGUACCGAUCGACGCGUUCUGGCUUGGUGGUGGGAAGUGUAUUCCGAACCAGUUCCUAUGGUUCUUCAAUGCAGCGUUCAAUAUCUUGACAGAUAUCAUCAUCCUCGUCUUGCCGAUGCCGGUGUUGUCGAGCUUGAGGUUGCCGCUGAAGCAAAAGAUUGGCUUGAUGCUUGUUUUUGCACUAGGUGGAUUCGUUUGCCUCGUCAGCGUUUUGCGUCUUCACGGUCUAUAUAUUUCCUCCAUUUCAAAGGACAUGACGUGGGACAAUGCCGACACUGCAACAUGGUCUAACAUUGAAGUGACGGUCGGUAUAAUUUGCGCUUGCAUGCCCGCAACAAAAGCAUUGAUCUCUCGCUUCUUCCCCCGUCUGCUCUCGACAAAUCACAGCAGCAGACAGCCUACUAUGCCAUCUCAAGGCCGCUCACAUACUUUCCGAUCUGGUUUGUGCCACACGGCACCUGUUCGUCUGACGGAUUUGAAUGGUGAUCACAAGACUGUAACGAGAGUUGGGGUCGGUGAAGGCAGGUACAGGGAAAGAGAUGUGGAGAGAGCGUCGAUAGAUGACAGUGGUAGUGGGAACGGGAAGGACAUCUUUGUGACGACGAUCAUGACGCAGGACGUGGAGCGGAAGAGUGAAGUGGGUAGUGAAAAGGGUCUCAUCAUCCAGCAUAAUUAG